AUGAUAAUCACAGAAUAUCACGAGUUAGGAGAUCUUACACAUUAUGUAACUAAUGAUUUUUUUAAUAUUAGUUGGAAAGGUAAGUUAGAGAUGUUAUUUGGUAUUGCAGUUGGAAUUAACAAAAUACAUGCUGCAAAUGUUAUUCAUAAAGAUUAUCAUACUGGAAAUAUUUUUGUUAGUAGUAGUUAUACUAGGACGACAACAGGUGAUUUAGGACUAAGUAAAUCAUCACUAAAUGAUGAUGAGGAUAAUGAAGUAUAUGGUAUUAUUCCCUAUGUUGCACCAGAGGUUCUUCAAGGACAAAAUUAUACUAAAGCUUCAGAUAUUUAUAGUUAUGGAAUGAUCAUGUGGGAAUUAAUGACAGGUAGAAGACCAUUUUGGGAUCGAAAUCAUGAUACAGAUCUUAUUAUUGAAAUAUGUGAUGGUUUUCGUCCUCCAAUUGUUACAAACGCACCUGAAGAUUAUAUUGAAUUAAUGCAAAGCUGUUGGCAUCCGGAUCCAAAUAAAAGACCAAUUGCUGAAGAUCUUUUUUUGACUUUUUAUAAUGGUAAAUUAAAUAAUGUAAAUGAAAGAAAUAAGCCAACACAAAUUAUAGAGACAUCAGAUAUUGGACCUAUAACAAAUAAGCCAGGUGCUAUCUAUAAAAGCAGACCUUUGAGUGCAAUGAUAAGAUCUGCAGAAUCCACGAGAAGCUUAAGAAGUCAAAAUAUUCAUAAUAAUACGUUAUCUAUAAAUAAAAGAAAAUUUAAUAAUGUUCUUAUUAAAAAUAAUGAAAAAGAUGAACCAAUCAAAAGAAUUAAAUUAUUUGAAAGUGAUAAUGAUGAUUACCUGACAAAAGAACUUGAAUUGGAUAUUGAUGAUAAUAAACUUGACAGUAAUGAUUAUAUUACUGAAGAAAUUAAUUUUGAUAUCUAAUUUAUUUUGAGUUUGUAAAUUUUACUUUGUAAAAAUAUGUUAAGCAUUUUUCUUAUGUUAUACAACAUUAGGUAAAUAAAUAU